AAUGGAGUUUAGUAAUAACAUUCAUAUUAAAGAACCUCUUUGGACUAUCACAUAUAAACCUAGACAAAAUGCAUUCAUCUUAUAUGUAUGUGUGAAAACCUUGGUGGAAUAAUUCGUUUUAGGGAUUUAUAUUUCAUCGAUCAGGCUAAAUUUAAAAGUAUGUGAGAGUAAACAGAAAUUUGAUGAUGAGGGCAAGACCGAGGAGUAUACUGAUUACAGUUGGUCUAGUGUUGUGUACAGUGUUUUGGCUAGCAUUGUUUUCUAAGGAAGACAGGAACUAUGAUCAUGUACUUCAGGUCAGAUUUGCUGAACUACAAGACAAGUUGGAGAUGUCAGAUACAUUAAACAGAGAAAGACAAGAUAAUCUAAAUAACCUAAGAAAUCAGUUCAAUUACUUUCUACAAAUGGUCUCACAGAACUCUACUGUUAACAGAUCUCAAUCUGACUCUAUGUCUUCUGAACUCCAAGAACUUUUCAAAGGACAUUUACAUAAUAUAACCGAAGAAAACCAGUCAGGAACCAGUUUACAUCUACCAAGCAUCUUUACAUACCUUCCACAUCUUACUGGGCAUCCAGAAAGUCUGAAACCAAAAUAUCAUCUGUCAAAAAAUAGAUUUGGAGCUUCCAUUGUUAUUGGCAUACCAACAAUCAAAAGAGAAAAAAUCAGUUACCUAAGUAAUACACUGAAGUCUUUAGUUAAUGGUCUGACUGCACAGGAGAAAAGGGAUUGUCUCAUUAUUGUAUUCAUAGCAGAGCCAUACAACAAUGACUAUGUUGAAUCAGUUGGGAGAGAAGUACAAACCAGUUUUCCGAAGCAAGUGGAGUCUGGAUUAAUUGAAGUUAUAUCUCCAUCAGGAGACUUUUAUCCUAAUCUGAAUGAUAUACCAUUAACUUAUGGUGAUACAAAGGAGAGGGUAAAAUGGAGGACAAAACAAAACCUGGAUUUUUCCUUUCUUAUGCUGUAUGCAAGAACAAGGGGGAUUUAUUAUGUUCAGUUAGAAGAUGAUGUGCUGGCCAAGCCUGGUUACUUUACCAUUAUGAAAACAUUUGCUGAACAGCAGUCACAGAAAGACUGGAUUCUGCUGGAGUUUUCCUCGCUUGGAUUUAUUGGAAAAAUGUUUAAGUCUUCCAAACUACCAAUUGUUGUGGAAUUUUUCCUGAUGUUUUUUAAAGAUAAACCUAUAGACUGGUUGUUGGAUUAUUUAUUAGCUGUCAAAGUGUGUAACCCAGAGAAAGAUUCAAAACACUGUAAUCGGAUGAAACAGGAAGUAAGAGUUCGAUUUAAACCUUCAUUGUUUCAACAUGUUGGUAUGCAGUCAUCUCUUAAAGGGAAAGUACAGAAGUUAAAGGAUAGAGAUUUUGGAAAACAUAUGUUAUUUCGUGUACAUGUGAAUCCUCCAGCUGAAUUAAGGACUUCCUUGACAACUUACCUCAAAUUUACUGUACAGAAAGCUUAUAUAGGGCAAGACAUUUUCUGGGCAUUAGCUCCUAACGAAGAUGAUUACAUAGAAGUAAUACUGAAACCACCAGUUGCUUUAGAUGAGAUUUUAUUUCGGAGUGGGAAAGCUGAUCACAGAGAAGACAAGUUUUACAAUACAUCAUUACAAGUUAUUCCUCUUAAUUAUCAUGAUCCUAUUAAAAACAGGGCAAAGAAAACCAAAGAUGGAUACUUUGAUUUAGCAGAAUUUGAUAAGGAAGGAAUUGUACAUGUUACAUUAGAAAGUGAUGUGGGAAAACUCUCAAAAAUAAGAAUAAAAGUGCAUAAGUCAAGUGAAAACUGGGUUAUACUUAGUGAGAUUCAUCUUAAACAGAGAAUCCCAAAACAAAGCUAGCAUUAGCCUCUAUGUAAAAACUGACUGAGAUAUGCUGCCUGUUUCAUUAUUUGGUUCCAACCCAGAAGAUGAGGGUCUUCUCCCCUGUUCAAGGAAUGUUUGUAUAAUUAUAACAUGGUUGGAUCCAAGUGCCAAGUACUUACCGGUGUAAAUCUACAAAGAGUCUAUAUUACAUGUACAGUGAUUUAAAUCAUGGUCAUCAGUCUCAAAGAAACAGAGAUCAAAGACAAUCUACGGGUUCAAAACUUAAAAUAGUACGAUUUUAUAACAAUCAUAUUUUACCUUCUGUUUUAAGUUAAUCAAUGCAUAUUUUAGAAUAUAUACUACAAAUAUUUUAGCAGAUCUCCUAAUGCAAAUGAAGAUACCCUAUAAAACCAGAAAAUGAUCAGUGAUUGCCCAGUCAACACCUAUUUGAAUAUACAUAUAAGAUAUUUUUAUAACAAAAAUUUCAAAACUAAAAAUAUUUCUAUUUCUCCAUAAUUGAAAAACAUGGCAUAGAAAUAUCAUAAUUCACAUCAAUUUUAUGUGAUGUUUGUUUUAGAAAUGUCAAUAUGGUUAUAUGUAUUUAAAGAACUAAUUUUAAUUAUAGAUUAGUCUAAAUUUUGUUUUUUACUUUCAAGUGUUUGUGCAGCAGAAGUGUUUCUUUUUAUGGACUUGACUCCUUUGUAUUUUUAUGGUAGUGAAUUGAUAACAUUAUUAUAUUAAUUAUUUAUGUUGUAAUUUUCUUUUUAUACAAUUAUAUUAUAGCUUAUUGUUCUGACACUUAAUUGAAUCAUCUACUUACAUGUAGUUGCUAUUUAGUUCACAUCAUUUGAGUUAUGUUUCUUUAAACUGUGGACCCAUAAACAUAUUACUUGGUGGAAGAGGACAUAUAUAUCAGUCAACAAAAUCAAGGUUACUUUGACCUAAUAUAUUUUACAGUUUAUUCAUAUUACCUAAGUUAAGUAAGUUCUCACCCUUUAUUUUUGUUCAUUCACUCUGAAGUUCAUAUAUAUAAAUUAGUGGUUUAUCUUGUCAAUUCUGGGACACAGCAAACAUUGUAAUUUUUUAUGAUCUAUAUUUUAUAUCACCUUUUAGUCUAAAAACAUAAUCUGAGAAUUUUUAAUCAUACAUAUAAUUUUAAUUGUGAGAGAAGUUUCUGAAAUGACUAUGUGCUAUUAUAAACAAAUGGACAAUAUCUGUACUUUGUUAUGCCCACCUAGGGGCAUUAUGUUUUUCGGUCUGUGCGUCCAUUCGUCCGUCUGUCCCGCUUCAGGUUAAAGUUUUUUGGUCAAGGUAGUUUUUCAUGAAGUUGAAGUCCAAUCAACUUAGUACACAUGUUCCCUAUGAUAUAAUCUUUCUAAUUUUAAUGCCAAAUUAGAUUUUUGGUCCACUGAAAAUAGAAAAUGAUAGUGCGAGUGGGGCAUCCAUGUACUAUGGACACAUUCUUGUUUUUGAAUAUCUAUUAUUUUUGUUUAAGUGUGAAAAACAGAACUGUGAGCUUUUCUGAUAUUUUGUGCUAUGUACAUAAAUAGAAUCAGUACAGAGAUUGCAAAGAAAAUGAACUAAAAAUAACCAAUUUACAGAAUUAUAAAUUAAAGUUAAGUCAAAUUAACUUUUAUCAGUUGCUUCAUUUCAGAAAAAAAGUUGGUUUGUCAUAAGGGGCAGAUAUGUUUGCAAUGUUUAUUUUUACUUAGUCAUAUUUCAUAGGUUGUUUUGUUGAUAUCACCCAGCGACUCUUUUCACAAAAAAUAUUACGAUUAAAAUUGAUCCUAAGCUAUACUGAAAUGUGUAUGAUCUGCGAGUAUUUUUACUCAAGAUUUUUUGUGAAAAGAGCCGCUGGUUCAUAGGUCCUAACCCAAGUUAUUGAAACCAGUCAGUCAUAUGGGAAGAACAUAGACAAACCCUUACUCAAAAAGAAAUAAAAGGGCCUCUCUCAUACCGUUUGUGAAACUAUUAACCUUUUCACUGUUGCCAAAAUAUACUUGUAUACUACAGAAGGUGCUAUAAGUUGUUUUAUUUACUAGUCUUAUUUAAGGAUCAGGUGCUACUAAUCAAAAUAUUUUGUCAUACUUGUUAGGAAAGUCUAGUCAUGGUGUAGAAUGUGUUCAUAAAGUAUAUGCCUGUAAUUUUGCCAAUUUUAUAACCCAGCCACUACUAGACUGUAGUGAUAUAUAUGAUUUUCCCCAUUAAGGAUAACUUCAAGCAUUUAUUAUUAAAAGGAAAUGUAGUGUAUUGCCUAUUUGUGAAUGUUCUAUCACAUGAAAACAUAAUAUUUUCUUUCCUUGCUCAUUUCACACUUGGGUAUUAAAGUCACUCCCUUGCUUUUAUUUAAAUCACUAUAUGUAGAUUUUUAAUGGGAGAUAAUUGGGGUUUUAAGCUUAGGUUAGGGAAUAUUUUGAUAUACAAGAAAUAAAAUUGAGAAUGGAAAUCGGGAAUGUUUCAAAGAGACAACAACCCGACCAUAGAGCAGACAACAGCCGAAGGCCACCAAUGGGUCUUCAAUGCAGCGAGAAACUCCCGCAACCAGAGGCGUCCUUCGGCUGGCCCCUAAACAAAAAUGUUUAGGUACUAGUUCAGUGAUAAUGGACGUCAUACUAAACUCCAAAUUAUACACAGGAAACUAAAAUUAAAAAUGAUACAAGACUAACAAAGGCCAGAGGCUCCUGACUUGGGACAGGCGCAAAAAUGCGGCAGGGUUAAACAUGUUUUUUGAGAUCUCAACCCUCCCCUAUACCUCUAGCCAAUGUAGAAAAAACAAACGCACAACAGUACGCACAGUAAAACUCAGUAUAAGAGAAGUCCGAGUCUGAUGUCAGAAUAGGAAACAAAAAAAAAUAAACAAAAUGACAAUAAUACAUAAAUAACAACACAGUACUAGCAGUUACUGACAUGCCAGCUCCAGACCUCAAUUAAACUGAUUGAAAGAUUAUGUCUUCAUCAUAUGAAUAUCAGGCACAAUCCCUCCUGUUAGGGGUUUAGUAUUAUACCUUCAUAAAAUAUAUGAGAAGAACAUAACCUGUGUCAUGCCAACAACUGGUUUUAGAAUAAAUGUGUUUAAUUCCGAUGCAAAGACCCUAUAAGUGAAUCAAUAUUAAAGCGCCAAAAUAUGCAAUCUUUAAUGACCUGACAACAGUAUCGUAACUAUAUCCCUUCUUAAUAAGUCUGUUUAAAGGUUUUGUUAGCUUUUGAGGUGAAUACUGACAUUUUUAUUGUGCUUUGUAAAGAAUAUUACCAUAAAAGAUUGGAUGUGAAAUACCCGAACGUAUAAGAUGUCUGCAUGUUGAGUUAUAUUUACGAAUGAUGUCCUUAUACCGAUGAUAAAAUUUAGUAAAUGUUUUGACUAGUUUAUGAUAUCGAAAACCCUGGUGUAAUAAUUUUUCAGUAAAACAUAAAUUUCUCUCGCUAAAAUCUAAUAUGUUGUUACAUACACAAGCGAUUCGUACAAGUUGAGAUAUAUAAACACCAUAAGAUGGUGACGAGGGAACGUCACCAUCUAAAAAUGGAUAAUUAACAAUAGGAAAUGAAAAAUCAUCUCUUUUAUCAUAAAUUUUUGUUUUAAGCUUCCCGUUAAUGAUAUAGAUAUCAAGAUCGAGGAAAGGGCAGUGGUCAUUGUUAGUAUUAGCUUUAUUUAAAGUAAGUUCAACAGGAUACAUUUCUUUAGUAUACAUACUGAAGUCGUCAUUAUUGAGAGCCAAUAUAUCAUCCAAAUAUCUAAAAUUUUUGUAUCAGAUGUUGUUUCGAUGGGUCUUUGCUGAUUUUAGUCAUAAAUUGUAACUCAUAACAAUACAAAAACAGGUCCGCAAUAAGUGGUGCACAGUUAGUCCCCAUUGGAAUUCCGAUAACUUGACGAUAUACGGAAUCUCCAAAGCAAACAAAAAUGUUAUCAAGUAAAAAUUCAAGGGCAGAUAUAGUAUCAAAGCAUGUCCAAUCGACAUAGUUCUUUUGUUUGUUGCUACUAAAAAAUGACCUAAAAGAGUUUGAACAUAUGUAUUCGCAUUCCGACUUUUUAAAUGCCCAUUUAAUUAGGUGUGUGAAUUUUUUCUUAAUAAGAAUAUGAGGCAAAGUGGUAUACAGGGUAGAAAAAUCAAAACUUUGAACAGAUUCAAAAUCACAAAUAUAUGCAUGCAAUUUUUAUCAAGUACUUCCAACGAGUUUUUGACACUCCAAAAGUAAUUAAUUCCACUAUUUUCAAAGGCCUUAUUUGAACAAUUUAUUAUCAGGUUUUUGAUUGUACCAAGUGUACUAGUAAGUAGAAUAGACAAUUUAGUAAUGGAACAAUGACUUGAAGACGAAAUAAAUCUAUAUUUGUAAGGUGACUUGUGUAGCUUCGGAUUAAAGUCUUAAUAUUGAUGGAUAAUUAACAUCUCCAAAAGAGCAUAAUAGGGGGAAUACUGGCCUUUGGUAGACUUUAUCUUUCAAUUCUCCCUUUGCCAUUUGGGUUAGAGUAUGACAAGCAUGUUUUUUUUACUUAGUAAGAUGUACAAUAGAUUUAUUGUGAAUAUUUUUAAUAAACAUACAGCUUAUAAUUUUGUAUUAUUGUUUCAUAUUAAAUAAUCAAUAAAGUUAAGUUCAGAAAUGUAACAACUUUUUAUUGUAUGUUUAAUUUGUGUAUUGGGAUCUGUUUUUUCAUUUUGUAAAUGUAUAGUAUUGAAUGAAAAAAUUAUUAGCAUUGUUCUGGAGCUUUUAUAUCUUGUGUUUAUUUUUCAUAAACAUCUUGCAAUUGAAAUUUUUAUACCCCUCCCCCCUGUUUUACUACCUCUGUCUGUCUGUUUGGCAGUUCUAGAUUCAUUGAUCUUCAACUUCCUAUUUACUGAAUAUUUAUAUAUAUUCUAACACAUUAUAUGCCAUGUAUGAAAUUUUUAUCGCAAUUUUCUAGGGAACUACAAGUUAGAGCUUUCUGAAAUUUCUUUACAGUCUUCAUGUGAAAAUGCUUUAUCAUGUAAUGCAGUUUCAGAUUAAUGGUUUUCAAUUUCCUAUUUACCAAAUACUUAAAUAUUCUAACACAUUAUUGCCAUGUAUGAAAUUUUUGUCAUAUUUUUCUGUCCGUCGUCAACAUGUCGGACAUUAACUCAAAAACACUUUAACCAAUUUGCAUAAAACUUUAUCGAAUUGUUUAUAUCUAUUGACGUGAGCUCCCUUUCAUUUUUUAUAAAUUUUAAAUUUUACGUUUCUGAGUUAUGGGGUUUUAUUCUUUAAAAAAAGGGUGAUUUUCCAGUUUUCGGACAAUAACUCAAGAAUGCUUUCACCAACUUGCGUGAAUUGUUUAUAUCUAUUGACAUGAGCUCCCUUUCGAUUUUUAUAAAAUUUAGAUUUUAUGUUUCCGAGUUACAGGAUUUUAUUCAUGAAAAAGGGGGAUUUUCCUGUUUUUCGGACAAAAACUCAAAAACGCUUUCAGCGGUUCUUAUGAAACUAUGGUGAAUUGUUUAUAUCUAUUUAAGUAAGCUCCCUUUAGAAUUUUAUAAAUUUUACAUUUUACAUUUCUGAGUUAUGGGGUUUUAUUCAUUAAAAAAGGGGGGAUUUUCCAGUUUUCGGACAAUAACUCAAAAAUGCUGUCAGCAAUUUUCAUGAAACUUUGGUGAAUUGUUUAUAUCUAUUGAUGUAAGCUCCCUUUUGAUUUUCAUAAAUUUCUAAUAUGACAUUGAGAAUUAAUUGAACUUUAUUUGUUUAUAGUCUGACAACAGAUUUACUAAGUAUUGCGCAACAGCACAGUGUAUUGCACAACAGUGUAUAGCACAACAGCAAGAAAUCUUUAAUUGAAUAUAAAUUCAAUUCAUAUAACCAAUUUCAAGUUCUUUGACAACAUUUAUUCAGAAACCUGUAAUAUGUCAAAUAUUUAAUUACAAUCCAAAUUCAGACCUGUAUCAAACUUGAAUAUUGUGUCCAUUUUUGCCCCAACUGUUCAGGGUUGGACCUCUGCGGGUGUAUCCAGCUGCGCUCAGUGAAGCAGUUUUUAUACAAAUGUCCGGUGUCCGUCCGUCCGUCUGUCUCUCCGUCGUAAACAUGUCGCACCGUAACUUGAGAAUGACUUAUCCAAAUUUCAUGAAACUUAAUAUAGUUGUUUCUUAUGAUGGUCAAACGAUCUGUAUACUUUUUGGUGAAAAUAAGAUUAAAAAAACUUUUUGAGUUACGGGACUUAGUAACAGGUGUGUGUUUUUUUUCACAUGUCGCGCCUUAUCUCAAAAACAAUUAAUGAUUAUUGCUUAAAACUUUACACACUUCUUAGUUAUAUUAAUCUUAAGAUCUGUAUACUUUUUGGUGAUGAUUCAAAAUUUUAUUUUAGAGAUAUUGAGUAUUUUUUUUAAAAAAGGGGAGGGGUUUUUCACAUGUCGCGCCGUAUCUCAAAAACGAUUUAUGAUUAUUGCUAAAAAGUUUACACACUUCAUAGUUAUAUUAAUCUAAAGAUCUGUAUACUUUUUGGUUUUGAUUCAAAAUUUUAUUUUAGAGAUAUUGAUUUUUUUUUUUUUUAAAAGGGGGGGUUUUCACAUGUCGCGCCGUAUCUCAAAAACGAUGUAUGCUUAUUGCAUAAAAAUUCACACACAAGACGACAGGCGUAUCAUGGGCUCAUGGCGCAGCUGUUUAUUUUGUUUUGCCAUGAGGAAAUUGAAAAAGAACUUUGAAUGUUUUGCAUACUUUACAUGUUUAAAAAUUUCAGUAAGAUUCAACAUUUGCAUUACUAUCAAAAUAACAAUAAAGGUGAGACAUAUCUCUGUGUCAACAAGUUAUUACUGAUAGAUGGAAUUUAUAUAAAAAUAAUGUGGUACGAUUCCCAAUGAGACAACUCUCCACCCGAGACCAAAUGACAGAAGUUUUAUUUGCAGUUAUCAUUAACAUACGGUAUUAAAUCAAUAAUUUUGUCUGACCUUCAUAAUAUGUUAUGACACUGGGACAGAACUCUCUACAAGAUUAAGAAAUAGCAUAUGAUGAGAAAAAUUUGAUUUUAAAAUAUUUUUUCCGUAUUUUUACUGAUAAAUGGAUUAAAUUUUGACAUUCAUCAUUAUACUUUUACUCUGACAGCAGCAAUAGCAGACUAGACAAAGGUUUUCAUGGCCCUAAACAAGUUUUUUUUUUAUUUUCAGAAAGUUUUUUUUUAUUAAACCUUUCUGCUCAUAUUUUAUUAUAAAAAUUUCCUCAAUUAGUUUCCUUUCUAAUCACAUAAUACUUGUAUUUUUGUGUAAAAUCAUUGCAAAAUACUGGUAUGAAAAUCUUGUACUGCCUGCAGUUAGAAGACAACAUGGUAACCUAUCUUGAUUACUCCUACACUACAGUCAUCUCCAUUUGAUGUAAAAUUACAUUUUGAUGAAAUUUCUGAAUUAAUAUGUGCUCUAUUAUGAAAAGGACACUCCAUUGUACAAACUAUCUUAUUUUAAUAUUUGAUAUGUAGAAAGUUCCUUUAGGGUAAUCUCAUUCUUGUUUUCAAUGAUUUCAUAGUUGAAUUCCUAUAAUAAUUGUUCAUUAACUUCCAAUAUGCCUAGUUUUGAACCACAUAUAUAUGAUGUGUGUGCAUCCUACAGGUUAAAGUAUUAUAACAGUAUUACACAAUGUAGAUAUAAUAGGUAUUUUGUAGUUUUUAGUGCCACUUUGAUAGAAUAAUUAUAUAUUGAUAUGUUAGAAUUUUUACAUCUUUUCAUUGAAUCAUAAGCACUUUUUAGUUUAUUUUUAUAUCCAUUAUUAAUGCCUGAUUAUAUUCUAUUGUUUUUCAAGGUAAAGAUCAUAAAUGCAAUCUACACCCUUAUGGGAAUGACUUUCUAGUUAUAUUUUCCAAACAUUAUCAGGGACCUCAGUGGCCGAAUGGUCUAAGUAGUUACUACUGUAAUCACUAGCCAGUCAACACUGAGGUUUUGAGUUCGAACCCCGCUCGUGCUGGUGCACUUAAUUCCAAUCUUAAUUGACUAGGAUUGUCAGUUUUCCUAUCGAAGGUCGGUGGUUUUCUCAGGGCACUCCGGCUUCCUCCACCAAUAAAAACUGGACGCCACGAAAUAACCCAAAAGCGGUGCUUAAAAGUGGCGUUUAAACACCAAAAUUCAAAUCAAAUCAAAUCCAAACAUUAUCACUACUUUUGAGAGCCAAAACACAGUGCAUUGAGCACAACAUUCUAUUUGCUAACAUUUUAAGAAAUUUAUCAAUAAAAUAUAUACUCAGAUAUAUAACACUUUAUUAGUGAUUUUUGUGUAUAUAUUAGUAAAGUCACAUCAAUGCUCAAUUAAAGUAAUAUUUUACAAGUCAAUUAAGGGUUUGAUUGGGAGCAAAUAAUAAAAUAACUAAAUAAAUAGAAAAUAUAAAUGUUUUCUAAACUUAACGUUCUUUUAAAAUAAUAAUCACCUAAAUUUGUUUAAAACUAAUCAGUCUUUCAAAGACCAAUAAUAAAGAUAAGACAGGGAGUUUCCAUUUAGAAUUUUUGCCAUGAAUAAUUAUGAACAACCAGCGAAACUAAAAAUAAACCAGAAUUUGAAUUAGUUUAAAGCAUUUAAAAUCAAUCCUGAGAAAACAAACUUAUUAUUUUCACAUUAAUCAGAAGAAUACAUAGAUGUAGUAUUCAUUUUGUUCAAAAAACAAAAAAAAAUCAACUUUUGAGCUGGUAUUUCAUAUUUUCUGUUAUUGUUUUGUUUUGUGAAACAUUUCAAGUGUAAUGCAUUGAGUUUUAAGAGAACUACCAUUUAACUCUAGAGGGGGGUUAUUGUUUUUCUAUAAAAAUAUAUUCUGAUUCCCAUCUUUGAAGAAAUAUAUAUUUUAAUCAAGCAGAAGGAAGAAAAACAUUCUGAUUUAGUCUUUGCCAUUAAUUUUAAUGUUAAGUUCUCAAUUAGGUUCUUGUGUAAUACUAUUAAAAAAAAAUCCAGAAUGAAAAAAAAGCCUUUAAAUGGUUGUUCCCUUAGUAAAUGUUAAUGGUUUUAAUGAUUUUUGUUAUAGUAGAUUGUUUUGUGCAAUAAUUUGUUCAUACUGUUGAUGCUUCAAUGUUAUAUGCAAAUUUAAAAUCAGCAAAUGCCAAAAAAAAAAAAUUGUCAAAAUGUAUUAAAAAAUAAAUCAUUGAAAAA